AUGGUGGAUUUUAUGUAUCCUUCUUCUGAAGAAGACGUCAGCCAGCUCGCAGAAAGCUGCCUCUCCACCGCAGACCUGUCUGCUUCCUGUGAGCCCCAGGCCUCAAAAAUUGACACCCUCCAGUUCAUCGCCCGGCUCCGGAUCUCCAUCAGCCAUGUGGCCACCGUGCUUGGCACACAGAUGCUUUCUGCUGCAGAUCCCAACGCACCCACUGCCGAGGAGAACGAGAAGGAGCGAGACCUGGUGAACGCCAUGAAGAAGCUGGUGGCGACGGCUCCGACUCCGUGGCCUCAGGUGUUCCUCAUCAGAAAUCUCUGUGACACCUACGGGCUCACCUCAACGUGGAAGAUGCUCCAGGUGGAGAAGUGGAUCUUACCCCAAGGGCUAGAAAUUUUGCAGGAUAGAAACACCUGGUGGAGCACAACAGACAUGUUUUUGAUGCUGGACAAAGCACAGAACCAGCUAAAAAGCAAAGAUUCCACAGUAAACCAGAGCUUGACUUCCGUCGUGAGGCAAAUGGAGAACAUCCUCCAGUUGCCGCCCAUCCCGGAUGAGCUGCUGAAAGACAAACUGAGGAAGAUCAUGGAGGCUUUGGGUGACGGUGAAGACCCAGGCCUGCUGGAGGUGGUCUUCCACACCGCGCUCACUCUGGCCUUGUUCCCAAGCCGCAUCACUCACCUCUUCAAGAACAUCUGCUUCAAGCCAGCCACGGUGAAGGGCUCCUACCUUCCCACCAUGCCUGGAGACCUACUUUUCAAUGAGAAGAACUGGAAAAUUGGGCAGAGGGAUACAAUUUAUACUUGUCAGUGUGGCUCCUGCUGGGUUGUCACCGAGUGUGGGCUUCCCACGGAGGUGAGGAAAUGCCAGUGUGGCGCUGCCGUUGGCGGAACUGACCACAAACCUGUGGGGGGCUUCAUGAGUGAGAAUACCACUGAGAACAAAAUGGAGAAGGGCUACAUCCUGGGGAGCCCUCUCUCACGGAGGAACGAGCUGGAGAGGUGCCUGUCGCCUGCCUGUGUGGGUCUUGCGAGGACUCUGCUCCAUUCGUCCCUUCUGCUGGGGCUCUACUCUGACAAAAAGGCAGUUCUAGACCUGAUGAAAGAACAAGUGGAGGAUGUGGAACAGUUCUUCUGGGGCCACCUUCAGAAAGACGUGGCAUGCCUGGCAGAAGUGCUCAGCAGGAACACGGAGGAUACCGUGUUGACUGUCCAUCUAUUUCUACAGGACCUGAGCAACAACAACCCAACAGAUGAAGGUGUAGCCUUGAGUAUCCUGCCUAAGAAAAAGGACCGAGAAGAGUGGGAAACCUCUUUCAAAGCCUUGGCUCAGCCCUUCUUCCAGAAAUUGGAGCAGAGGCUUAAUUCUGUCAAGGAACAGAGGAUGAAUGAAGGUCCCCACGGCUCCAACCUCCUCUUGAAAAUAGCUUAUGGGCAGACACCGCCUUUGGAAAACCUGCCAAGGGAGGGCUUGAUCAACCAGCCUUUCAUGUGGAAGUUUGAGCAGAAAACGACCAUCCAGUCCUUGAUGCAUUUCCUACAGCAGGAGGAUGGAGAAGGCUCUGGAUGCUCAUACCCCAUCCUGCUGGAGCUCCUGUCCAAGAUUGAGAACAUCCAACACAUCCGAUACCUGCCCAACAUUUUCCGUCUGCAGAAUGCCCUGAUCCACUUCUUCCAAAACAGCCAUAAAGGGGAAAAUUACACAGUCAAGCAAUUCCUGGAUCAGCCGGAACUUUCAGAUGACCAGCGUUUGACUUUCAGCAGAGCUAUCGAGACGAUCUGGAAAGUUUGGAGAAAUAUUAAGAUGAACCCAUCCAGCUCGGGCAUCCCCUUCCUGCCAAACCUUUCACCAGACAACAUCAACACCAACACUGCUGUCCUGCACCUCCUCCCCACCCAAUCCUCCAUCAGCCACCUGGUGACCGUGUUCCUCAUCCAGCUGCAAAACACCUGCAUCAACACGGCCGCGGGGGUCACCAGGGAGAAGCAAUGGUCCAUCUCUGUGGAAGAGGUGAAGCCUUCCUCCGUGCUGGCCAUAACCAAGAGCGAUCUGGUGACCAUGGCGCUUGCCAACUUGCAGUAUGAGGUAGACGAAGAUGGCCUCAAGACGACCUACUUCGACUUCCAGAUGCUGCAGCGGCAGGUGGUUCAUCGCUUCAUCAGCGGGAAGCCCAUCAUCAAGGCUCAGACGGCUCCAUCCAUUGUCCUCAAAAAUGUAAGGACCCUCCAGGCCACCAAGAUGGAAGUCAUGUACCAAGUGCCCCAGGAGCUGCUCAGUGUCAACCAGCAGAAGCGCAUCAUGGAAGAGGCCCGCUCGGUCAACGCCCUCUCCAAGGCCUUGGACACCUUGAAGGUGGCUGCUGAGUUCCUGGCCGUGACAGGCGGUGACCCGGAUCGCUCGUUGUUUGAGUAUGUCCAGCAAGACUUGAGGAUGGACGCUGGUGCCAAGCAGUUCCUGGACCUGCCGGUGGUGCCCAACACCCAACUGAAGCACAUCCUGUCACUGUGGCAGGUCCUGGCAGCUCGCAGGUCCAUGCUGUUGGUCCAGAUGAACCAGGAUCCCUUCUGCCUGGUGCCCAAGGAGUUCCAGGGGAAGCUGGAUGUAGGGCAAGCAAAGGACCUGGCCUCUGCAUUGUCCAACACCAACCUCAACCUCUUCCUCAUCGAGCUGCAUGAGAUGAUCACAGUGGUGUUGUCCAAAUUUCAGCCCGAAUAUGA